GACACCACUGUCACGCACCGCCUCUAUUUGGACAUUGGGCUGUGCCCUGAAGCGGUGCGGACCAACCGCACGCUGGGGGACAAGACUCCCUUCUGCACUGACCCUCAGCCGCUAGGGCGGAUACAGGUCGAGCUGUUUGGGCGGGCGGCCCCCGGCAGCGUGGCCAACAUCGUGGCCGCGGCGGCCGCCGGAGCCUACGACAACACCGCGCUCAGCAAGGUGGUGGCGGGGCGGUUCAUUGUGGCGGGGGCACAGGGGCCCAAGCGCAGCGGCCUGGUGCAGGCGCCGCCAGACCUGCCCCCCAACCCAGACAUCCUCGCCUCCUCGGCCUUCCGCCUCACCCACCGCCGCCCGGGCACCGUGUCGCUCAACCUGUCAGAGAAUGUGGACGACAGCUACCUGCGCUUCGACAAGGGCUACCGCAACCUGUCCCUGCUCAUCACAACAGGGCCCGCACCCGUGCCCAGCCUGGAUGGAGAGAACAUCGUGGUGGGGCAGGUCACGCCAGAGAGUCUGGAGGUCAUCCGCGCAAUCACCGCGGUGCCCACCUUCACCCCCAACGACAACGCCCGCGCGUUCAACCAGUUUGCCUCCUUCAUAGGCGACGAGCGGGCAGACAAGACGCGGUCCAAGUGGGGCCGCCCGCUGCAGGCCAUCCUCAUCACAUCGGCGGGCCUGCUGUGA